ACAGGGCUCUAUAUAAUGGGAUGCAAGCGAACACCGUUGAAAAGAAAGUUGAAGAAUAUGAGCAGCAGCGCAGGGAAGUUGGUGUGUGUCACCGGUGCUGCCGGUUAUAUUGCUUCAUGGAUUGUCAAGUUCCUACUUGAACGUGGUUACACUGUCAGGGCCACUGUUCGAAACCCAAAUGAUCACACGAAGGUAGAACAUUUGCUAAAACUUGAAGGUGCAAAGGAGAGACUGCACCUUUUUAAGGCAGAUCUUUUGGGUGAAAAUUCUUUUGACUCCAUUGUUGAGGGCUGUGAUGGCGUCUUUCAUACUGCUUCUCCUUUUAUUAUCAACGUCAAAGACCCACAGGCUGACCUACUUGACCCAGCAGUGAAGGGAACUCUUAAUGUUCUUAAAUCAUGUGUAAAAUCGCCAUCUGUGAAACGAGUCAUCUUAACAUCUUCUGUGGCUGCAGUUGCAUAUAAUAAAAGGCCUAAAAGUCCUGAAGUUGUAGUUGAUGAAACCUGGUGGUCUGAUCCAGAUUACUGUAGGGAAUUAAAGCUGUGGUAUUUACUUUCAAAGACUUUGGCUGAAGAUGCUGCCUGGAAAUUUGCCAAAGAAAACGACCUUGACUUGGUUGUUGUUAACCCAGCAAUGGUUGUAGGGCCUCUUUUGCAAGCAGAGCUUAACACUAGUGCUGCUAUUAUUUUAAACCUAAUAAAUGGUUCAGAAACUUUUUCAAAUGAUACAUAUGGAUGGAUCAAUGUGAAAGAUGUUGCAAACGCCCAUAUUCAGGCAUAUGAGAUUGCUUCAGCUAGUGGAAGAUAUUGUUUAGUUGAGAGAGUGGCACACUACUCUGAACUCGCCAGGAUUUUACGUGAUCAGUACCCGACAUAUCAAAUUCCAGAAAAGUCUGCAGACGAUAAGCCUUAUGUACCAACAUUUCAGGUUUCCAAAGAAAAGGCAAAGACCUUGGGGAUUGAAUUUAUUCCUUUGGAAGUGAGUCUUAGAGAGACAGUGGAAACUUUGAAAGAAAAGAACUUUGCCAACUUUUAGUCUCUGAUAUCUCUGCUUGAUCAGGAGUGAACACGUUGAGAAUCUCAACGGUGUUUCGUUUGUGGUUCUGGUUUUAGAAUCUCAUUGCUUGAAAAUAAACUAUUGUACUGAAAUGUCAAGCUUGUGUGUUGUAAUAAAACAAGAUUAAUUGUUGGUUUUAUUUCGGUUUGUACUCAUGAAGGAAACCAACGUGUGGUAUAAACAGAUAAUAAUUAAGUAUCACGCUAUUUCUAGUCCAAA